AUGGUGGGGGAAGGGUGGGGGGGCGGCGGUGGUAAGGGGAAUGGCACAGUGGGGGAAGGAGGGUCGGGGUUGGGGGGUAAGAGAGGGGGAGGGGCGGGGCAGUCGCACUGUGCCUUGUUCCACUCCACCGCUGUCUUCAGCCUUCCCGCUGACCAGCAACCGGUGGCGGGUGUGUGGAACGUGGGGGUGUUGAGCGAGUGGGGUCCAGCACGCACGCAGUCCCAGAUGGUGCUGCGGGGGGGCAUCCCUCCCAUUGUCUUCUCAUCCCCUCCCCCCACCUCUCAAGCCCCCCCAACUCCCUCACCCCUCCCAUCCCACGUGCUCGCAGCAACCGGUAGCAGGCGUGUGGAACGUGGGGGUGUUCAGCGAGUGGGGGGCGGCGCGCACGCAGUCCAAGAUGCACCAGGCAUGGACGCCCUGUACGGGGGCUCUCUCACUCACCAGUGCCUGCGCGCCUCCUCUCCCCCGCUCCUCUUCACCCUUGCCAUCCCCCAGCCCCUGCCCAAGCUCCUCAUCUCCAUCUACCCCGAACCACCCUCCUCCUCCUCUGCCUCCUCCGCCUCCCCCCUCCCGUCCUGGCUCACGGGUCACGCCCGCUCCGCCAACGCCUCUCCCUCCGUGCAGCUGCGCCGCAUGGCUCUCCUCGGCCCGUCGAAUCGCGGCGCGCCAGCUGGACCCUCCUUUUCCGUGCAGCCGCGUUCAGAGACCGAGGAGCAAGCAGGCAGCAGCAACAGCGGCGAUGUUAGGGGCAAUGGAGGGCAGGAGGGGAGGGGGGGAGCGGAGGGGGGGGCGGGGGUGGACGUGUGGUGGAGCGAGGGGCGCAUGGACAUUGGCAGCUGGCAGGCCGUGGCUGACCCGGGCUCCUGGCACCUGCUGCUCUCCCACCCUGCCAGCAGCUGCCAGUGGCCGCUCAUUCCCCUCGAGCCGCACCUGCUCUCAUGGUCGUACGAGUCAGGCCUUGACGCAGCCUACCUGCCCCCCGCCUCGCCUGCCCCGCCCUCCCUGUGGGCGUCGUGGUUCCCCGUGCCCGUUGCCGCCUCGCCCUCCCCUGCGCGCCCCUCCUGGGCCUUCCUCUCGCUCGCUCCGCCCUUUGGGGCGCGCGGGGGCGUUCUCUCCAUCCACCUGCGCCUCCGCCCGCUCAGGCAGGGCCCAGGGGCGGACGGGGAUGGGGAAGGGCAAGGGGGAGAGGCGGAGAGUGGAGGCAGUGGCAACAACAGCAGUGCAGGGGGGGUGGCAGUGGGGUCAUCCGGUGCAGCUCCGACGGCGUUUGUGUAUCUGCUCGUGCGUGCCGGUGGCCUGCCGUCCCUCACACGCUUUGAUGCCUCCGCUGUCGCACCGGCCACAGAUAUGGCGGCCAGGGGCGGGCAGCUGUCGUUGGAGCUCAUCCACCCCGCGGAGGUCACCACCUUCGUGGCCGUGGGGCUGGACGCUGCCGCGCCUCGCACAAGCGAGGGGGGCAAGGAAGAGAGUGACGAAGAGGGGGAGGGGGAGGGGGGGCGACGGGGAGUGGGCGUGGGAGUGGGAGGUGCGGGUGGUGCAGCAUGGGUGUCCCAACGGCUGCUCGGGCAGUCCCUGCCACGUCAUGGCAGACGGCGCCUUCCAAUUCGGUGUCUAGUAUGUGUUAUCACCCUCACUCCCUCCACUCCCCCCAGUCACCUUCUCCCCGCCUCCUCGCUUUUCCACUUUCUCGUUCACUCGCCUUGCAUGCGCUAUCACCCUCCGCUGCCCGGAAUUGCAAGUUUCAACACUGCUGUUGUUUGUGCCUCUGUCGUGCAACUCUCCUCGACCCACUCACCCCUCCCCCACAGCUACUGCUUCUGCGAUCGGUCGCACGGGGGGGUGGACUGCUCCAUUGAGACCGUCUCACAGCUAGGUGCGUGCUGCCAGGUGGAACACAACGCACAGGUGACAGCACCUUCUCUGUGGUGUUUAACAGACAUCGCCACCAUGUGCUCACCACACAUCACCGCCAUGUGCUCACCACACAUCACCGCCAUGUGCUCACCACACAUCACCGCCAUGUGCUCACCACACAUCACCGCCAUGUGCUCACCACACAUCACCGCCAUGUGCUCACCACACAUCACGGCCAUGUGCUCACCACACAUCACCGCCAUGUGCUCACCACACAUCACCGCCAUGUGCUCACCACACAUCACCGCCAUGUGCUCACCACACAUCACCGCCAUGUGCUCACCACACAUCACCGCCGCCAUGUGCUCACCACACAUCACCGCCAUGUGCUCACCACACAUCACCGCCAUGUGCUCACCACACAUCACCGCCUCACGAUGCAUAGAGCAGCAGCGCUGGGCGCUGGUGGGGAGCAACGUGGUGGCUGUGCUGCCAGCCAUGGUUUCGCUGUACCUUGGAGCAUACCCCGAGUGGGUGAUGUUCUCGCUCAACGGGCUCUGCAGCGCCCUCUACCACCUGUGUGACACGGACGGCUGGUGCGCUGCGCGCUACCCCACGCUGCAGUUCGCCGACUUCUACUCGUCCUUCCUGGCCGUGCUGCUGGCCUUCCUGCACGUGGCCCAAGUGCCCAUCUGGCCGCGCUUCCUCUUCUUCGUCCUCGCCUCCUUCUCCACCGCUGUCAUGGCUGUCGACCGCGCCACCAGUGGGUGGAGCAUCGUGGUGCUGCUGGCGCUGGGAGCAGCGGCGCUCAUCACCGGCUGGUUCAUUCGCCUCGCUGCUCUGCGCCGCUCCUCCUCCGCCUCCUCCUCCGCCGCCCCUCAUGCCCCCCACACGCCUCUCGAGGCGGCAAGCUGCGCUGUGCAGUCCGCGGAAGAGCAAGGGGGCUCCCGGCAUGGGCACGUGGAGGAGGAGGGCGCGUCUCUGCUGCCGCCCCCUUGCAGCAGUGACGGGGAGUGGCCAUGUGGGGUCACGAGGGAAAGUAAAGCGGGGCAGCACGCAUCGGUGGCAGUGGUGCUGCGUGUGCUGCUGGCGCUGCUGGCCACGUUCCACGUGCCGUCGCUGCUGCUGGGCGCCCUGGCGGCGCUGCUGGCGGCCUCCAGCUUCCUCGUGGAGGUGCCCGCCACCUACUGGAUCUGGCACAGGUGGGGGGGGGAAAGGGGAGUGGGAGGUGGCGUGGGGGAAUGGGACGUAGAUGGGGGAGCCUGA